GCGGAGACGAUACAAAACUCUCCGCGAAAGUCCAGCUGUCUCAGAGAAGUGUCAAGAAGUGAUUCAGACCUUGUCAAAUGACAGGACACCUGACAGUCAACACCCAGGGAUAAAAACAAAGCUUCAGAAGUUCAUUUUAAGGUGCCUGCAGAGAAAGAAAGGGAAGCCGCUGCAUAGAGUGUUGUGCAGAAAGUUGUCACACCUGUGGGUCACACUUCAAGAACUUUAUUUCCUUCCAAACCCACGUGGACAAGUCACCAGGGUUCAUGUGUGACAUAUACAGCCUGGACUCUCAUUGCGUGUCUCCACAAUGCAACAUGAGUUGGGCAAUGGAGCCUGCUAACUUCUACGAGAGCACCAAAAUGGGCGGCCCGCAGCAGGGGCUCCUCAAGCCGGGCAGCAGGAGCGACGCUGCGGGCGAGGACGGCACCAUGGUGGAGCUGAGCACCGCCACGGCAAUGUACGACGACGAGAGCGCCAUCGACUUUAGCCAGUACAUUGAGUCCAUGACAGCCGUGCCAAACCUAGAGCUGUGCAACGACGAACUCUUCCUCGACCUGUUCAACACUGUGAAGCAGGAGAAGGCGGAUUUCUACAACCUUCAGAGCCCCGUCCUGCCAGGAGGCAUGCCGCAGCAGCAGCAGCAGCAGCAGCAGCAGCAUCUGUCAGCCGCAUACACUGCGGAGAGGAAGGCGGACAGCAGGCUGGAUACAGGGCUGUUCAGUGCUCCCAUCAAACAGGAGUCCGACUGGAGCGACAGCGACAUGUCUUCAUCUUUGCCAUCCCAGAUUGAAACGUGCGCCCAGACCUCCGUCAGCCUUCCUACAGGGCAGCCCACUCCUCCCACCACCCCAGAGCCCGUCUCGAGCGUCAGCUCUGCCAAGUCCUCCCCGAGGAAGAUGGGGAGGGAAAAGGGCAAGAAGUCUGUGGACAGGUACAGCAUGGAGUACCGACAGAGGCGAGAGAGGAAUAACAUUGCUGUGAGGAAAAGCAGGGACAAAGCCAAGAUGCGCAACUUGGACAUGCAGCAAAAACUGCUUGAACUGGGCUCUGAAAAUGAAAGACUUCAUAAAACUGUUGAUCAGCUAACCAGAGAGCUCUCCGGGCUCAGAGAUUUCUUCAAGCAGAUGCCCAACUCGUCUUUUGCUGGCUCUACAAGUGUAGAGAGCCGGUGACAGAUUAAUAAUUACUAUAUGAACUGAGUUUCAGGAGACAUACCUCAACAGACUUGACUUCUUACCAUCUGUACCAGAUGUAUUUUAAGCUUACCAUAAUGGCACUGGAAAAUAUAUGAUGUUGCUGCCAUAUUUUGUGGGAACUUUCUCUAUUAAAUUAUUUUACCACUGCAUUUAUGUGAUAUUAUUUGACCUGAUAUGGUACAUGUUUUAUAAUUCCACACUUUGUAUAAGAGCCAGAGCAUGAUCUUUUAUAUAGUUUGUAUGAAACCUCGAAAAUAUUUUUGUUUAUGGAAUCUGUAAUAAAAUCGCUGAAAAGGUGAAGAAAAA